AUGUCUGGAGUAAAGUCCCGGCUGUCUGGCCUACUCGGCCACUUCAGCGCAGCAUCUUCGACACCUGCACAGAUCGAGCACCGUAUCAAUCACCAUACACUCUCGCCAACUUUCUUCUUGCCCCGCGCGGCGGCCAUUGAGCCCGAGGCCGAGGCAAUCUACCAUCUCACAGCUAAUAACAAGGUCCUGCGCAGAACCUACCGCGAGACUGCAGAUCGAGCGAGGGGUCUGGCGUUUUAUCUGAAGAAACACGGAUUCAAAAGAGUCGGAAUUCUCUGCCCCAACACUCCAGCAUUCUUGGAGUCGAUCUUUGGAAUUGCCGCUGCAGGGGCGGUAAACGUCGCUGUCAAUUAUCGUCUCAAAAAAGAAGAUAUUGCUUAUAUUUUCGAGCAUGGAGAUGCAGAGGUCAUAAUUGUUGACGAGGAAUUUGUACCGCUUUUGGAGACCUACCGCUCACUGCAUCCUCAUAUUCCCCUGGUUGUGGAUACUGAUACUGAUGCUACUGAGGGUGAAUUGACGGGUCCCUUUGACCAAGCUGUUCUGGAAGGUUUGCAGUAUGACUUUGAUAAUGGAGCUCAGGGGUGGGAAGGCCUCGAGAGUCAGGCUGCUGAUGAAGAGUCCACCAUUGCUUUGGCAUACACCAGCGGUACAACGGCUAAGCCCAAGGGUGUUGAGUUUACGCAUCGGGGCUGCUAUCUGGCAGCAUUGGCGAACGUGGUUGAAUCAGGGCUCAACUAUAACCGUGGGCGGGCUCGUUAUCUUUGGACACUGCCUAUGUUCCAUGCUAUGGGCUGGACAUUUCCAUGGGCAGUAACAGCAGUCCGCGGUACUCAUUAUUGCCUCAGGAAAAUAGACUAUCCUGAGAUUUGGAGAUUGUUGAAAGAAGAACAUAUCACGCAUUUCAACGCCGCCCCAACUGUGAACACAUUACUUUGCAAUGCGAAACAAGCAGAGAGGCUACCAGAACCUGUUCGGGUGACUGUAGCAGCGAGCCCUCCUACGGCUCAUCUGUUCGAACAAAUGUCAGAUCUGAACUUGCAUCCUGUGCAUGUCUACGGUAUGACCGAGACAUACGGCCCCAUCACCAAGGGCUACUAUUUACCUGAAUGGGAUGCUCUUCCUCUAAAGGAAAAGUAUCAGAAGAUGGCCCGCCAGGGUCAUGGCUUUAUUUCUAGUCUUCCCGCGCGAGUCAUCAAGACGGAUGUGCCUGACGGUACUAUCACUGAUGUCAGCAAAGAUGGACUUGAAAUCGGUGAGAUUGUUUUCAUUGGCAAUAUCUGUGCACGUGGGUACUUUAAGGACCCCGAGGCAACUAGAAAGCUAUUUGCAGGGGGUGUUCUGCACUCUGGCGACUUGGCUGUCUGGCAUCCUGACGGGGCAAUUCAAAUCCUUGAUCGUGCUAAGGACAUCAUUAUCAGCGGGGGUGAGAACAUAUCAUCAGUCGCGCUUGAGUCUAUGUUGGUCACGCAUCCCGACAUUCUAGAGGCUGGCGUUGUCUCGGUGCCUGAUUCUCAUUGGGGCGAACGGCCCAAGGCUUUUGUCACAGUCAAGCAAGGCAAGUCCUUGGAAGGUCUAGACGUGAUCACCUGGGCUCGGAAUGUCAGCGGCAUCAGCAAGUUCAUGAUCCCCCGAGAGGUGGAAGUUGUAGCGGAGCUUCCUAAGACAAGUACUGGCAAGAUUCGGAAAAAUGUCCUGCGGGAUUGGGUGAAGGGAAAUAAAGGCAACUAA